AUGAAGCAAGCUGCGUCGUCCUCCGCUCGCCUCUGGACCUCUGUUCUUCAUGACGUCCAAGCUUCCUCUCUCGUGAGGGUGCAAUGUUGGCAUAGAAGAGCGGCAUCCCUAGCUCAACCGUUCAGCACAACUUCCUCCCUUGCACAAAAGAACCGUGUUCUCACUUCAUUCCGGACGCCGCCUCAAUUCCACGAUGCCCUCCGCCUCAUCUCCGCAAACAACACGCUCAUGCUGGCCCUCUUUACCACCUCUACAUGCACACCCUGCCGGACAAUAACGCCCCUGUUGACGUCCCUUGUUGAAACUCGACCGCCGUCGCCGGAAGACAAGUACUCGUCCCUUGCUUUUGCAGAAAUAGAGCUGGACUCUCCAGACACGAGCAACGGCAACAUGAUGGACCUGGGAGUGGAAUACGGAGUCAGGAGCAUGCCUACGUUGAUGGGGUUCGGGGGCCGCAGAGCGGAAAGAGUCACGGAACGGGUGGUGGACACGAGGAUGAUGAGCGAUGAGAAAGCCAUGGCGGAGUGGAUCGACCAAGAGAUGAAGAAGGGUGAUCCAUUCCCGAGCUCUGACCAAAGUGGCGGCAGAGGCGGAGGGUUUCUCGCAAGGAUUUUCGGGUCCUAA